GUCACCUUUCGCAUCAAUUGCGCAGAGCAUUAUUACCCGUUAUUCACGGCACUAGGGUUCUUGCUUGAAACGAAAGCAGUGUUAUCUAUUCGUAGAAUGCCAGAAAUAGGAGCUUUUCGAUCACGAAUCGUGCGACGUGGUGACGGCCAACACCGUUCGAUUCAUUCACGCACCAACGACGUCGAGAAUGGCACGAACGCAGAAAAUCAGGAAGAAGAUGUAAAUGUCUCGCGACCGAGAUACCCUCGUGUUAUGGUCCCGCAACGCGGUCAGCGGAGGCAACACCGUGCUGGCGGAUCCAAGCACCAGCAGUCGUCCAUUCCAGACGACACGAUCCCCGGGCACUUCCAGCGAGUGGAUCCGGAUAAAGUUGAAGAUCAUGAGAAGCCUGAAGGGAAUCCCAAGCGUGUGAAGAAACCGAAGUCCAAACGUGCUAACAAGGUAUUGCUUCGUCUUCCGAUUUUGCCGAGUGUUUUCACUUUGGAGGAGUGCUCGGAUUUCCGCAAGUGUGUCAUUCAGUUCAAGAAACUUCCCGCGGUAAGUGACGAUGAGACGUUGAAUCACUUGGAGGAAAUUUACAAAGGCCACGAUCCCUACGAAGUUGCUUUGAAAUUACUUCUGUUGGCAUCUUGCAUGAAGGUGGAACCAUCCGUUUACAAGUCCAUUCUGACUGUGUCCUGCAAAGUCGUGAAGAAUUUUGAAGACGCAUGUGCACCUGACCUGCAAGAAAAGGCGUUAGUUUUUACGCAUUCAUCCGUAUUGAAACCCUUCGCCGAGGAUAUGCACGGGCUUUUCAAUGUCGGAAAUCUUUCAAUAAAACAUGUGGAAAACGCCAUCAAAAUCAUGAUUAAGUAUCACAUGUACGAGGCUGCCAUGGAAGUUGCGCAGUUCAAUGCGAUUGAACAUCGGUACACUCCAGAAGAUUUUGUCAUUCCGCUUCUCUUGAGGGGAAAGUUUAAGCAGCUGGGUUCACUGCUACAGCAAAGCUCGCAUUUCUUGGAACCUGCGCUUAGUUUCCUUGACGGAUUGUUGGCACGGUCUCAUGAGGAUUUCAAAGUGGAGAUUCAAAAGUUUGAGGUGCCCGAAAUGAAGCUGAAACGACAUACCAUCGUCCUCAAAGUGAUCGACUGGCAGAAAACCCUUGGGUUUGACAUGCGUUUGUGUCCACAGGUCACGCUUGCAUGUGGGAAAUUACAGUUGAUAAAACUGGUCACGCGUUUCCUUCACCGUAAAAAUCUGCCAUAUGUGAACUGGUGUGAGAUGGUGGAAGAAUUUGUUGCGGGAAAUCCUCUCAUGGCGAAGUUGCUCGUUACUGAAUUGUUGCAAAAUGGUGCUGUUGAUGAAGCAAAGCAUUGGGCCGAUAAGAAAGGUGUUGAAUUGCCUGAAGUGGUCGCCGAUGGGUCAGGGAAUCAUGGAGACGGUGUCACCAAAAGAAGGGUCAAAGAAUUCGAGUAUCUUGAUCUUGAUGUGGACAUGGACAAGGUUCAGUUUGUAGAUUCCGAGGACGGUUGUGUGAAGGCGUUCGAGGAGCUGUCAAAGGCUGGAGAAGUGGCAUUUGCCACGGAAAGGACACCCGGGGUCAGGUGGAAACCCCGGAAUUUUCCAAUUUUGCAGCUCGCGACUGCAUCCCAAGUCUUCAUUUUCGACGUGCCAAAACUCCUCAAAUCGUCAGCAUUUCAUGAAGGACUGGACAACAUGUUCGUUUCCAAAACUAAGAUUAUUGGUUAUAACUUCAAGUCGAAGGUCAGCACAUUGAAGAAGAUGGUUGGUGCUUCAAAGCAAUGGGGAGGAAAAAAUGUGCUGGAUUUGAAGCAUCUGACUGGCUUUUUCGUGAACAAAAAUUCGGAUACAAAUGCGCCAGAAGAUGUUGGGGAACAAAAGCCAAAAUUGAAGAGUCGGUUCCGUGGACUUCGAGAACUGACUGAGGCUGUGCUUGGAAAAGCCUUGAAUUCUUCGGAAGAAUAUUCGAAUUGGGACAAUCGUCCUUUGCGAGACUCGCAGAUGUUGUUCGCAGUUCGUGAAGUCAGUGUCCUUUUGCGUAUCUACGAAACAGCUGGAAUAGAAGCGGAGAAGCUGGGAAAAACUUACUCGGAUCUCGUGGUCCCACAUUCUCCCCGCAAAAAGUCUGUGGAUGAAAAGGCUCCGGCGGAAAGCAAGAAGAAGCUGAGGAAGAAGAUGAAGAAGCCGUUGGAUGAGGCUUUGAAUAGUGAUGAUCGUCAUGUUGAGGAGAUUCUCGUCGACGGAAAGAUUCCUGACAUCAUGGCGAACACAAAGAAGAAAACCGAUAUCAAGUUUGUGAUCGACCGCGCUUUGCACAGACUCUCGCGCUUCAUGAUAAAAGGCGGUUGCGACGUGAUUUCCUUCGCGAAUCGUGGAGGUGAAGAACCGAUUCCUGAAGAGUGGAUUAAAGAGAACCGAGUUAUUCUGACGGACAAGCGCGGCUUCAAGAAUCUGAAGGAUCGAGUUCCCCCGGGGUAUUGUUACGGAAUUCGAAACAAAAAGCUUUUUUACCAGGUGACGGAGGUGUGUAAGACGUACAGCAUUUCGGAUUUAGAUUCAUACAAGAAGGAUUCAAAGGAACAGCCGGAAUGAAGAAGAUAACGUGAAGAAGCCGGGAAAACACUUGUUUGAUAUGAAAUUCGUGUACAUCGUGAGGAUUCGGCCAAUGUUGCUUGCGUGAGAAAAAAUUAUUUGGUUUUUCGGUCAGAGGAAAUUUAUUUGGGAUGAAAAGUUGCUGUCAAAAAAUA